AUGGAUAAGGAGGAGAAUGAGGAAGCAUCAGUGAGCAUCAGCAACAAUGACACAGACACCAAUGGUUUAGAUGAUGAUGACUAUGAUGAUGAUGAUGGGAAGCACACAGUGAUGCUUGGCCCUCAGGUUCCCCUCAAGGACCACCUUGAGCUUGACAAGGAUGAUGACAGCCUAAGGAGGUGGAAAGAGCAGCUCCUCGGAGAUGUUGAUACCACCAAGCUUGGAGAGACUGCAGAACCAGAGGUGACCAUAUUAAACUUGACCAUCCUAACUCCAGAGCGACCAGAUCUGGUUCUAGCUAUCCCACUUGUGCUGGAUGACAAGGGGUACGCAUUCGCACUCAAGGAUGGGAGCACCUACAGCUUCCGCUUCUCCUUCACUGUCUCCAACAACAUUGUGUCUGGUCUCAGAUAUACACACACCGUCUGGAAGACAGGAGUAAGAGUAGAAAAGCAGAAGGUGAUGCUGGGGACCUUCAGUCCUCGGCAGGAGCCCUACACAUACGAGGCUGAGGAAGAUACGACCCCAAGUGGCAUCUUUGCGAGGGGUUCAUAUUCUGCAAAGCUCAAGUUUGUCGAUGAUGAUGGGAAUGUCUACCUGGACAUGAAUUACUGCUUCGAGAUCAGGAAGGAUUGGCCAGCCACGGCCUAA